CGCGCAAAUCAAAAAGCCAGUCGAAAGGAACUUCAGGCAGUUACAUGAUGGCUGAGCAAGGCAGUGUUGAUUUAGACUGGCUUCCGGCCUGUUUUACGGUUCUCACAAAAACCGACACACACAUCGCAGGAUUUGUGUCAACCGAACAAGAGCUGGAAACUGUUUUGGAGUGCCAUAAGCGGGCAACCAUGACCUCUUUCAAUAUCUGGUCCAAUGACAGGAAAAAAAAGGAAAAAUCUCCACAUAGAAUUCUUUGGCAGGUGGAGGAUUUUUCAAACAAUGUGCCAUUAAUAGUGACAAAUCGCUUGAUUUACUCCUGUCAACAUGGCAAAGGAAGAAAUCGAAAGACAUCUGAAGAACUUUGUACAGGAGAAGAGCAUGCCUAUACAGGCAAACGGAAACGACUACAGAUUCAGACAACAAAGAAGAAGAACUGUCCAGCAAAACUUUUUGUUCGCCACAUAACAAGAGCCUUUAUGAGGAGUAAAGGCUGCAAUGUAUCAAGGUGGACAUGUGGAACUGUGCCACAUCCACUACAGAGGGACAGUACAUCAUGUGGUGUUUUUGUUUGCAAGUUUGCAGAAGGCAUGCUUGAAGGCGAGCAUUUCCCAUUUCUAAACACAGAAGAUGCAGUCCGAAAAAUCAGAAAGGAAAUUGCAGUGAAACUCCUGCAGGAAUCCGAAGAUUUGUCUGAUGUCUGCAGAUUCUGUGGGGAAACCACUUCCCAUCAUGCUGUGGAAACUGAUUUGCCUUCUAAAUGGAUUGCCUGCGAUGGAUGUGACAAGUGGUUCCACCAGUCUUGUGUAGGGAACCCACCCGAAGAGGAGGAGUUCUUUUGCCAGUUAUGCAAACACUAAAUUGCACUUCCUAUACAGUGACUGAACUAAUUAAAGUUGAGGUAGUUGGUCCCAGUAACCUCACAAUUAAUUAAAUGUAGAUCAGCUGAGUGCUGAGAGCUUUCGGUCAUGUGUGUUUAUAAUGCACUCAGCUGAUCUUCAUUUUACUAACUGUGAGACUACUAGCACCAACUACCUUGAAUACUUUCUGAAUUAAAAGCUUGGCACCUUUUCACGAGCUGGAGGACCCUAUUUUACUUCAGAGCUGAACCCCACUCACCACUGCCCAGCUUUGUGGCCCUUCAUUAGCUGGGCUGUCUUGCUUACCUUUUUUUAAUAAAAUAAACAAUGCAGUUUGCAUAUUGUAUUGUAUUGUAUAAUCUUGUAAUCACUCUAAAGCUUGAUUGACAAGGGCGGCAC